AUGUCGCAGGACACAGGAGUGUAUGAACUGCCAGGCGACCUUCCGCCAGUCAUCGAAUUACCAGGUGAAUAUCUACCCGCAGAAUUACCUGGUGAUGAUGCUUCACCAAACGAGUUGCAUGAUGGAAGGCCAUCUGCUGAGUUGAUGCCAACGCCCUACUCGACCGACUUGCUGCCAACACCCUACUCAGCUUUCUCGGCCCUCUCGUCGCAUCCAUCGCUGAAGCCUUCUCCACUGAAUUUUUCACGGCCACGUCCAGUACAGGCCAACUCGUACAAUUUUGGCAGCCAGGCUGGACCCAUUCCUGAAUAUGACCCGAACAAUCGCCCAACACUCUCCGAGUCUCCGCACACUCACGAUGGUCAAAGGAGCGAAGAGGAGAAUGUAGACGAGGAAGAGGACAACGAUGAUGGCAUUAGAACACCAGCUGCAGAUGACAGAACAUUCACUAGUCUGAGUCAGGAAGACGUACCAAGAGACAGCAUAGAUGGAGCAAGCAUAGGUGGAGCCAGCAUCGACGAUGCAAUACCACCUCCCAUCAGGACGUAUGCAGACUUGAGGGAUAUGGACAUGCCAAGAGACAGCUUAGAUGGUGCCAGUAUUGAUGAAGCUCUGCCUCCUCCGAUACAGACACCUAAAGGCUUCAAGAGCUUCAGUCACGAUUUCAGCACACUGAACAUCUCAAGAGGCGACAGCAUAUAUGAAGACUUCCCCACACCUCCUGGCAUCAAGUCACCGAAGGAUCAGUUUCGAAAGGACUCACAGGCUCUGCCCGACAUUAGAGAGAACCAUGAUGCCACGCCUUCAUCCCUUGGACAAAACAACCAUCCUCUUGCUCGCAUGAACACCGUGAGUUCAAUAGCGAGCAGUUUCGACGAGGCCGCACCACCUCCCGUAUCGACACGGCGAUAUCCUUUGUCACACAUGGACACAGAAAGCUCAAGAGGCACAAAGAGUUCAAAUCAGACAAAGACAUCCAGGGUGGACAGCGUCGUGGAUUCAUCCGUCGGCGUUCCACCGAGAAGCACUGCUCGUAAGGAGACACGAACCGAACCUCGGGCUCCAAAAGUGCUCAUCUACAAACCGUAUUUGGACUACGCAUCUAGCGAAAGAUCGGCUUCCUUGCGCACUGACACAACGCAAGAAGAGAGCAUCCCAAGUUCAGGAGCACAAGACAGCCGAAGGCACAGUGUAGCAGAAAGCGAGUCUAGCUCGGUAUCUGAUUUUGCCUUUGACGGCCGACUUGGCUGGAACCCACGCGGCAACACUGUCCCUGACAAGGAUGCAAAACGUCAGCAGAGGUGGUCAGCACCUCUCACGAACCCGCUGAAGAAGGUGACAUCCAGACCCAAAGGCAAGGAAAAGCAACAGACAACACUACCAACCAUGCAAGAGCAGCCAUCACGACAAGGCUCAAACGCAAGCUCCGGACCAGCACUUUCACCAGCAACCAGCAGAGGAUCUACAGGCACACAGAGCAGCGCUUCAAGCAGACCGCCUACCAUCCCCGCUCGCAUUCCUCGCAUCAUCAAACGCACAUCGAUAGAUCAGAUGUCCCAGCAUGUUAAUCCAUGGCAAGGGGAAACCAUGAGUGAUCGUGGUAGCGAGUCAAGCAAUGAGUGGACAAGCAGUGAAGUCGAUACUUCUGGUUUAAGCGUGGAGAAGAUACACAAGCUUAAGAAGAAGGGCAUAAAUCCUGCUCUGUAUGUCGAGAUGCAGAAUGCGCGUAAGGGCAAGUCCAAAUGGAUCAGUCCUUUGCAGGGUAAUUCGUUCAUCUCCUGA